AUGCCAAUUGGCAGCUAUAAAUCAGUCAAGUCUCGCCUCAUUUUCCGAGUAUGUUUUGCCAAAUAAAAAUAUUGAUAAAUAUGCAUCGAGAGCAAACAACCUUUCGACAAAAACUGUUGUCAAAGACGGAAAGAGAGUACUAUUUAAACAAUCAAAUCCUGUAUAGGCACUAACCUGUGACGAGGUUUUAUCUCGUUUUAUCAACUACCUCGAGAAUUCCGUUCGCGAAUGCCAGAAAUUGACAGCACACAAGGUCUGUACAGUUCUUGUUGGGCACAAUGCCAAGCGAAUUGAUGUCCCAGUCAUACUUCAUAACAGCAACAGCAGUAUUAUCGCGAAUUUUCAGUCUUUGGGCAUUUUCUUUGGAGAUAGUCUCUCGUUGUUCAAGUAUUUAGUAAAAGAAUCGAUUCUGAAAGAUCGAAAUGGAGAUAACUGUGCGUUAAACCAGUUUGCUGUUUACAAGGCUCUGUUUGAUCAAUGCUUCGAUGCCCACGACGCGCUUGAAGAUGUGAAAGCUCUACAUCGUAUUCUGUUCUCCUCGCCGUUAAACCUUUCGGAAAAAGAUCUGAUUAAACAUUUUCAAGCAAUUCCAUUUGACGACGCUUACCAGGACAAUCUGUAUCUAGACCAACGACAUCAACUUAUCCAGACACUCGACACCAAACUGCAUGGAACAAUCACCAAAAGCAUGGUCCAGAAAAUCGCCAGAAGUGGCUUGAGCUUCGCGAAUUUACAAAGUCUGUUUGAUAAGUUUGGCAGGAAUUGA